AUGGAUGGGGUUAAAAACGGUAAUCGGAGCAGUAGCGACGGUGGAGGAGGAUCCGAAACCAUGGAAUCAUCGGAGAUUCAGCUUCCUCAACCUCAACCUGUGGCGAUUCUAACUGCAAAUGCGCCUCCUCCGUUUUUGAGCAAAACGUAUGACAUGGUUGCAGAUCCCGCUACCGAUUCGAUUGUCUCGUGGAGUUCUAGUAACAACAGUUUUAUCGUCUGGGAUCCACCGGAGUUUGCACGAGAUCUUCUUCCUAAGAACUUCAAACACAAUAAUUUCUCCAGUUUCGUGAGGCAGCUAAAUACCUAUGGUUUCCGAAAGGUUGACCCAGAUAGAUGGGAAUUUGCGAAUGAAGGUUUCUUAAGAGGUCAGAAACAUUUGCUAAAAACAAUAACUAGGCGAAAAUCUGCACAUGGACAUGGACAACAGCAAUCUCAACAUUCAAAUGGGCAAAACUCAUCGGUUAGUGCAUGUGUUGAAGUUGGCAAAUUUGGUCUCGAAGAAGAAGUUGAGAGGCUUAAAAGAGAUAAGAACGUCCUUAUGCAAGAACUCGUCAGAUUAAGACAGCAGCAACAAUCGACUGAUAACCAACUUCAAACCAUGGUUCAGCGUCUUCAAGGCAUGGAGCAACGGCAACAACAAUUAAUGUCAUUCCUCGCAAAGGCAGUACAAAGCCCGCAUUUUCUAUCACAGUUCUUACAGCAGCAGAAUCAGCAAAACGAGAGUAGUAGGCGUAUCAGCGAUACCAGCAAGAAACGGAGAUUCAAGGGAGAUGGCAUUACCGGAAAUAAAGAUUCCGCUGCUUCUCCUGAUGGACAGAUAGUGAAAUAUCAACCUCCGAUGCACGAGCAAGCAAAAGCAAUGUUCAAACAGCUCAUGAAGAUGGAACCUUACAAAACCAGCGAUGAUGGUUUCCUUCUUGAUAACAGUACUUCUUCUACUACAGAAGGAGCAGAGAUGGAGAGUUCAUCAAACCACGUAUCGGGUAUAACACUUCAGGAGAUGCCAACAGCUUCUGAGGUACAAUCAUCAACACCAAGUGGAGCCACUCCUGAAAAUGUAACAGUAGCCGAGUUUCCAACACCCAAAGGAACAGUUCAUUCACCUGAUGAUCUAACUCUAUCCGAAUUCGCUGAUAUGCUACCAGAAAACAUCGCCAAUUUGCCUCCAGAGAGUUUCGUGGAACCAAACAUGGGAGGAUCUAGUCCUUUCCUAGACUUAGAUCUCUUGUCAAGCGAUUUUGACUUCGAUGACAUUCCAGUGGAUCCCGAUUUAGAACCUUCUGAUGAUUAUGCCUCGCAACUUGAAAAUUUUCUCAUGUCAAGCCCGGUUCCAGUUGAUAUGGAUCUUACACCAUCGGAUCUUAGAACCGAAGACAAUGCGACACAGCAGAAACAAAACGGAUGGGACAAAACUAAACAUGUGGAUAAACUUACUCAACAAAUGGGUCUCCUCUCUCCUGAAACCAUAGAUCUCUCAAGGCAAAACCCGUGA